CUGGCUCUUUGACUCGGAAAAACUCUACGGUGGGUGGGCUUUGCAGGAAGAGUCCUGAAGGAAAUUGAGGGCGGCGGCUCUAAUCGGUAAUAUUAUGAACAGUGAUGUUUGUUUCUAAAAUAAGACUUUUUUGGAGGGAAAGAAUUUAUGGACAAUCUCUGCUUUUAUAAGUAAUGUCAAUUCAAUUUCUUUUAGAUAAAUAUGUGUACCUAGUAUUUAGUACAAAAAGUCUUUGGAGUGGACAGAGGACUGGGCAACUGCACUACUUUUACAGACCCAAGCUUUUUUGGAGGAUAAGCUAUGCUUCUCCUUUUAGAGUGUUACACAUAAGCAACCAAUACUAUAAAUGGACCAGAGGCAAAACGCAGGGGCAGAAGAAGUACCUGUACUGCCAUUAUUGUUUGGGUUACAGAAUUUCUAAAUUUAGCACUUCUAAGGAAUUGACAAAAAACAGUCGCAUGUCACGAUUGAAGAACACUUUAGAAUCUGUCUCAAAGGCUGUGUCUGGCACUCACAGUGAACUAGUUUCACGACUAGCUCGUCUAAAACCUCAUUCUGCUAUACUGAAGAAAUCACUUGAAACUGAUGGGAAGGAGAAUAGCUUUUUUAUGACCCCAGAAAAAUACAGAGAAGUCACAAGUUAUGAUGAUAACUCACAUGAGAAGAAGACUGUGUCUGCAGAUGGAGUCUUAGAGUCAGUCAGUACUAGUCAAUACUCUUUGAAAGAUCCUUCAGAUAUCAAAAAUAGUCUUUUUCAUGUUAGCAAAUUUGCUACAAACUUUGGGGAAACAUACAACUUUGUAGCCCAUCACAUCAACUGGUAUUUUAGCACUGUUGGAAUGGAUCAAGAGAAGAAAGGGGAUGCUCUCCCCCCUAAACCACCCAAUCAGGGUGAAGAAACAUUUGAUUCAUCAGAACAGGACAUAUUAAGUGAUGAAAACAGGAUGAAUGCAGUAUCUGCUUUAAUACCUGCCUCGCAGUCACAAAAUGCUGGAAAAGUCAAUUCUGUUCCUUCAACUUCCAGCAAAAAGGGUAUUUCAAGUUUUCUUUCUUACCCUAGUAACAGUGUACAGGCCUUUGUAGAUAGUUACAUUGGAGGAUUGGUACCUAAGUUACGAUCUGAAACAAAAUGUGCUGUACAGGAAAAGACCAAAGAACAGGAACAAGAGGACAUGUUAAAAGAUGACAAGGAAGCUAAACGUGCAGAAGAGAAAGAAAAGAGAUUAUGCCUGCAAAGAGAAAAGAUUAUUGCAAAGGUAAGUGUGGAUAACAGAACUCGGGCUUUAACUCAAGCAUUGCGAAGAUCAUGUACUAGAAGAGUCUGUAUCAACAGAGUUGAAGAACUGACAUACCAUCUAUUGGAAUUUCCAGACAGUAGAGGAGUUGCCAUUAAGGAAAAUAUCAUUCCAUGCUUGUUGAAGCUGAGGCAGGCAAAAGAUGAAGCACUACAGGCUGCUGUGAGAGAGGCCUUGGCUGUGAUUGGAUAUACAGACCCAGUAAAAGGGUGGGGCAUUCGAAUUCUUUCCAUCGAUGGUGGAGGAACAAGGGGCUUAGUGGCACUUCAGACUCUUCGUAAAUUAGAAGAGCUCACUGGAAAGCCCAUUCAUCAACUUUUUGACUACAUUUGUGGAGUGAGUACAGGUGCUAUAUUGGCAUUUAUGUUGGGAUUAUUCCAUAUCCCUCUGGAUGAAUGUGAAGAACUUUACCAAAAAUUAGGAACAGAUGUCUUUAAGCAAAAUGUCAUUGUUGGAACAGUUAAAAUGGGAUGGAGCCACGCAUUUUAUGACAGCGAAAUAUGGGAGAAAAUGCUUAAGGAACGAAUGGGAUCCGAUGUUAUGUUUGAAACAGCAAGAAAUCCUAAGUGCCCUAAGGUGGCUGCCAUAAGCACCAUUGUAGGCAGAGGAACACCACUGAAAGCCUUUGUAUUUAGAAAUUACAAUCACUUCCCUGGAGUAAAAUCUCACUAUCUUGGAGGUUGCCAUUAUAAAUUAUGGCAAGCUAUCAGAGCAUCAUCUGCGGCGCCAGGUUAUUUCCAAGAAUAUGCACUGGGUAAUGACCUUCAUCAGCACAUACUUUCAUACAUUGAUUUUUAUCCAGCUAGACAGAUGGAUGCAAAAACCUUGUCUUUACUUGAUCAAGAGAGCUGUAAUUCUUACGAGCAAGAGCAGACAUAG